CCAUUUGGAGCCUUCAACGCCAGUUGGCUUGGGACUGGGAAUUUUACCCCCCACCCAAUUCCAUGCUUUCCGAAACAGAUUACUUUUCUCUGGGACUACUUUAGCAUUUUUGGUUUUUGUUUUAAUUGUAAGAAUCUGUAAUACAGUAUUUUUGCUUUGGUCAUAUUGUGCGUGAAGUGUGGAAACAGCUAUCAAUUUGCCUUCUCUGGUCUUAAUUUAUAAGAUUCAUUCUUUUUCUGUUUGCUCCGCUAGGAUUAAAACACGUUUAGAGCAUGGGUAACUCAUUGGAUUUCCGAGUUCUUUUAAUUCGUCUGAAAGAUUUCAAGUUCUCUAGAAGCCAAAAUGGACACAGUAAACAGAUUAGAAUUUUACUUCUGAACGAAAUGGAAAAGCUGGAAAAGACCCUCUUCAGACUUGAACAAGGGUUUGAACUACAGUUCCGAUUAGGCCCAACUUUACAGGGAAAAGCAGUUACUGUGCAUACAAAUUACCCAUUUCCUGGGGAAACAUUUAAUCGAGAAAAAUUUCGUUCCCUGGAAUGGGAAAAUCCGUUAGAAAGAGAGGAUGAUUCUGAUAAAUACUGUAAACUUAAUCUUCAACAAGCUGGAUCAUUUCAGUAUUACUUCCUUCAAGGAAAUGAGAAAAGUGGUGGGGGUUAUAUUGUUGUGGACCCGAUUUUACAUGUUGGUGCUGAUAAUCACGUGUUACCCUUGGACUGUGUUACUCUCCAGACAUUUUUAGCAAAGUGUUUGGGACCCUUUGAUGAAUGGGAAGGCAGACUCAGGGUUGCAAAAGAAUCAGCUACUAAUAGUAAAUGGAUCCAGGAGCAUCCAGAGAGUGCAUAUAACCUUGUGAAUUCUCCACACUUGAAACCUGCCUGGGUCUUAGACAGAGCACUUUGGCAUUUAUCCUGUGACAUUGCAGAUGGGAAAUACAAAGAAAAAGGAGUGCCUGCUUUGGUUGAAAAUGACCAUCAAAUGAAUUGCAUUCGAAAAAUAAUUUGGGAGGAUAUUUUUCCGAAGAUUCAACAAAAUAGGAAAAUAACAACCAAGCCUGAUCCUAAGCAACACCUUAAGAUUAUUCAGGAUCCUGAAUACAGACGGCUCGGCAGUACUGUAGAUAUGAACAUUGCGCUAGCGACUUUCAUACCACAUGACAAUGGGCCAGCCGCAGUUGAUGAAUGCUGUAACUGGUUCCGAAAGAGAAUUGAGGAAUUAAAUUCAGAGAAACAUCAACUCAUAAACUAUCAUCAGGAACAGGCAGUUAAUUGCCUUUUGGGAAAUGUGUUUUAUGAACGACUGGCUGGCCAUGGACCUAAACUAGGACCUGUCACUAGAAAACAUCCUUUAGUCACUAGAUAUUUUACUUUCCCGUUUGAAGAAAUGGCCCUCUCCGCAGAAGAAUCUAUAAUUCAUCUCCCGAAUAAAGCUUGUUUUCUGAUGGCACAUAACGGAUGGGUAAUGGGAGAUGAUCCCCUUCGAAAUUUUGCUGAGCCGGGUUCAGACGUUUAUCUGAGGAGAGAACUCAUUUGCUGGGGAGACAGUGUUAAAUUACGCUAUGGGAAUAAACCAGAGGACUGUCCUUAUCUCUGGGCACACAUGAAAAAAUACACUGAAAUAACCGCAACUUAUUUCCAGGGAGUACGUCUUGAUAACUGCCACUCAACACCUCUUCAUGUAGCUGAGUACAUGUUGGACGCUGCUAGGAAAUUGCAACCCAAUUUAUAUGUAGUAGCGGAAUUGUUCACUGGAAGUGAAGACCUGGACAAUAUCUUUGUUACCAGACUGGGCAUUAGUUCCUUAAUAAGAGAAGCGAUGAGUGCAUAUAAUAGUCAUGAAGAGGGCAGAUUGGUUUACCGUUAUGGAGGAGAGCCUGUUGGGUCCUUUGUUCAGCCCUGUUUGAGGCCUUUGAUGCCAGCUAUUGCGCAUGCCCUGUUUAUGGAUAUUACCCAUGACAAUGAGUGUCCUAUUGUGCAUAGAUCAGUAUAUGAUGCUCUCCCAAGUUCCACGAUUGUUUCUAUGGCGUGUUGUGCUAGUGGAAGUACUAAAGGCUACGAUGAAUUAGUGCCUCAUCAGAUUUCAGUGGUUUCUGAAGAACGGUUUUACACUAAGUGGAAUCCUGCAGCAUCUCCAUCAGAUACAGGUGAUGUUAAUUUCCAAAGUGGAAUUAUUGGAGCCAGGCGUGCUAUCAAUAAACUUCAUCAAGAGCUUGGGGCCAAGGGUUUUAUUCAGGUGUAUGUGGAUCAGGUUGAUGAAGACAUAGUCGCAGUAACCAGACACUCACCUAGUAGCCAUCAGUCUGUCGUGGCUGUGUCUAGAACUGCUUUCAGAAAUCCCAAGACUUCAUUUUACAGCAAGGAAGUCCCUCAGAUGUGCAUCCCUGGCAAAAUUGAAGAAGUAGUUUUUGAAGCUAGAACUGUUGAAAGAAAUACACAACCUUAUAAAAAGGAUGAGAACUCAAUCAAUGGAAUGCCAAAUAUCACAGUAGAAAUUAGCGAACAUAUUCAGCUUAAUGAAAGUAAAAUUGUUAAACAAGCUGGAAUUGCCACGAAAGGACCCAAUGAAUAUAUUCAAGAAAUAGAAUUUGAAAACUUGUCUCCAGGAAGUGUUAUUGUAUUCAGAGUUAGUCUUGAUCCACAUGCACAAGUCGCUGUUGGAAUUCUUCGAAAUCAUCUAACACAGUUCAGUCCUCACUUUAAAUCUGGGAGCCUUAUUGUUGACAACUCAGAUCCUAUAUUAAAAAUUCCUUUUGCUUCUAUUGCCUCUAAAUUAACUUUGGCUGAACUAAAUCAGGUUCUCUACCGGUGUGAAUCAGAAGAACAAGAAGAUGGUGGGGGAUGUUAUAACAUACCAAACUGGUCGUCUCUUAAAUAUGGAGGUCUUCAAGGAUUAAUGUCCGUGUUGGCAGAAAUAAGACCAAAGAAUGACUUGGGGCAUCCUUUUUGUGAUAAUUUGAGAUCUGGAGAUUGGAUGAUUGACUAUGUCAGCAGCCGGCUUAUUUCACGAUCAGGAGCUAUUACUGAAGUUGGUAAAUGGUUGCAGGCUAUGUUCUUUUACCUGAAGCAGAUCCCACGUUAUCUUAUCCCAUGUUACUUUGAUGCUAUAUUGAUUGGUGCAUACACCACUCUUCUGGAUACAGCAUGGAAGCAGAUGUCAAGGUUAGGCUUACCUCAUUUUUCUUCUGGUAUUUUCCGCUGCUGGGGAAGGGACACUUUUAUUGCACUUAGAGGCCUGCUCCUGAUUACUGGACGCUAUUUAGAAGCCAGGAAUAUUAUUUUAGCAUUUGCUGGUACCCUGAGACACGGUCUCAUUCCUAAUCUCCUGGGUGAAGGAACUCACGCCAGAUACAACUGCCGGGAUGCUGUAUGGUGGUGGCUGCAGUGUAUUCAGGAUUACUGUAAAGUGGUUCCAAAUGGCCUAGACAUUCUCAAAUGUCCAGUUUCCAGAAUGUAUCCUACAGAUGAUGCUGCUCCUUUGCCUGCCGGCACAAUGGAUCAGCCAUUGUUUGAAGUAAUACAGGAAGCUAUGCAGAGGCACAUGCAGGGUAUACAGUUCCGAGAAAGGAAUGCUGGUCCACAGAUAGAUCGAAACAUGAAGGAUGAAGGUUUUAAUGUAACAGCAGGGGUUGAUGAAGAAACAGGAUUUGUUUAUGGAGGAAAUCGCUUUAAUUGCGGCACAUGGAUGGAUAAAAUGGGAGAAAGUGACAGAGCUAGAAACAGAGGAAACCCAGCCACUCCAAGAGAUGGAUCUGCUGUUGAAAUUGUGGGCCUGAGUAAAUCUGCCGUUCGUUGGUUGCUGGAAUUAUCCCAGAAAAAUAUUUUCCCUUAUCAUGAAGUCACAGUAAAAAGACAUGGAAAGGUCGUGGCAGUCUCAUAUCAUGAAUGGAACCGAAAAAUACAAGACAACUUUGAAAAGCUAUUUUAUGUGUCUGAAGACCCUUCAGAUUUUAAUGAAAAGAACCCUAAUCUAGUUCACAAGCGCGGCAUAUACAAAGACAGCUACGGAGCUUCAAGCCCUUGGUGUGACUACCAGCUCAGGCCUAACUUUACCAUAGCGAUGGUUGUAGCCCCUGAGCUCUUUACUACAAAAAAAGCAUGGAAAGCUUUGGAGAUGGCAGAAAAAAAAUUGCUUGGUCCCCUUGGCAUGAAAACUUUGGAUCCAGAUGAUAUGGUUUACUGUGGAAUUUAUGACAAUGCCUUAGACAAUGACAACUACAAUCUUGCUAAAGGUUUCAACUAUCACCAAGGACCUGAGUGGCUGUGGCCCGUUGGGUAUUUCCUUCGUGCAAAAUUAUAUUUUUCCAAAUUGAUGGGCCCAGAGACUAAUGCAAAGACUAUGUUUUUGGUUAAAAAUGUUCUUUCCCGACAUUAUGUUCAUCUUGAGAGAUCCCCUUGGAAAGGACUUCCAGAACUGACCAACGAGAAUGGCCAAUACUGUCCUUUCAGCUGUGAAACACAAGCUUGGUCAAUUGCCACUAUUCUUGAAACACUCUAUGACUUAUAGUUGAUUCAUAGAUAUUUAUUAAGUAUGCAAUCACUGUGUUAUGGAAUGCAAGGACAUAAUAUAAUGUAAAUGCUUUAUAUGCACAGGCUCGAGUCAUUUUAAAAAUCUCAUUCAUAUAAUACAUGCCCAAUUAGGUAAGACUGUAAAAGCAUUGAUUUUCUUUUUUUUUUUAAUGUACAGGGGUAGCUUUUCAUUUAAGUCAGAGAGAAAAUUAUCAUUGCCAAUGGAAUGUUUUUCUUUCAAAUUCAGUAAGUAUUCUUCAAAUGCCUAGAAAUAAAGAGUUUGAAAUCCAGAGUUUGAAAAAGAAAAAUCAUGUCAUCUUCAUUUUGUACAUAAGUGAAAAUGAAAUACGAGAAUGUAAUCAUGAAAGAAAUGGAAAAGGAUCUUUAAAUUGUGGUAUACAUUUUCUUCAGUAACAAUAUAUACCAAAUAGGCCAUGGUUAGUUAAUGGUCUCACCUUCUACUACAGUAUUUCUAGCACCUCCCACAUUGCAUUCAAUAACUAUUAAAUGAAUGUUAAAUUAUGGAAGUGUUCAUAAGUGGAGCACAGAUGUUCAUAUGUGCUUUUAUUUUUUUCACUGAUACAUUAAUAUUUGUUUUAAUGUAAUGAAUGCCAACAGUAUAUUUAACAUAAUUUACUUUGCUAAUGAUACAUAGGCUCUCUCUAUAUAAAAUAAAGCAUUAGUAAUUGACUUCCUAAAAACAGUUUUAUAAAAUCCGUCUUCAGUUUCAGUUUCCUACUACAAGGUGGUUUACUUUUUCAAAAUGCAAAUUGUUGGGCAUAUUUAUGAGAACUUUAAAGAAAACAAUGCUAUAUUAAUUUUCUAAAACUUAACUAUUUUUAGUUUGUGUGUAAAAAGUGUAUUGGGAGAUCAUAGUAGAUACUAAUUUCCUGUUAACCAAAACCUGCCAUUGAUUCAUUUAGCAUUAAGAAUAACCUUAGUGUCAUAAAAAUAGAGAUUCAGUAGCUAUCUUGAAUUCCAUAAAAUCAUCUGAAAAGCUUUUCAUGUUAUUUUUAAAUACCUUAAAUCUGAAAAAGUCAUAAAAGGAAAAAGUUUUUUAACAUUUAUAUGAUUUGACAUUUUGAAUAGUACUUGUUUUCUAGGUGGAACUUUUUUUUACUGUUUUUGUCUCAAAAAUACUUAAAAUAGAUUGUUACACUUUCAGUUUAAAGAAAACAGUUGCUAAAAUCCUUUUAUUACUAUAUAAUAUUCAAUGGUAUAUUCAUAAUUAAAAUAGUGGUACAGUAACACUUUUCUCAGUUAGAGAUCACAUACCCAACCACCUUAACUGUGACUAAGAAGUAAAAAUAAAGAAGAAAAACAAGUAAACUAAAACUUCGGAGUAGUAAAAAUAUAUAAAUGCUUUAGAUGUCAAAUACCCAUGCUCAAAAGCUCAUGCAGUUUACCAUAAGAUUACCUGCACACCCUUUUUCAAAGCUGACCCUACUUUAGAAAUAGUUUUAACUAACUUAACUUUCUGGUUUUCCAACCUAAAGUAGAUUAAGCUCUACAAAUUUAAGGACAGUUGUGACAAUAAUCUGACUGCUGUCUAUAAAUGUAUUUUCCACGUUUCCCUUCCUCUUCAUUGCUAAGUGUAUAAUAUUUCCUAACCUGUGCAGUAAAAGACCUUUCUUGCAAGAGAAAAACAUUAGUCAUCAAGGGUUUAUGUAGUUCUGUUGCUCAACUUUAAUUUCUAUAUUAAAGGUGGUAAGAAAAGUAACUGAGAACCAACAUAUUUAACGAAAGCAAGAAGUAAUGCCUGACAAUUAAAUAUGAUAAAUACAUUAAUUAAUAAAUAAAAAAUGAGUUGACAAUUUAAAAACAGCCAUUUUGGGCAAAUACCCACUUUGCUAAAUUUUUAGGACGUUGUAUUGAAUUAGAAAAUUAAAUGGGCCAUAUCCCUAAUACGGAAUAUUAAUGAAAGAACAUUGUUAUAAUCUGCAUGAUGUAUUUUAAAGUUUAAGAAGGUACGUUAUUUCAUCAAAGUAAUUAAAGUAACAGUUUUAGACUUUAGAGAGAUAAAUGUCAUUUGAGUAAAAAACAUGUAAGUAGAAUGCUUCACUCCUGAGUGAUGUUGGAUGAGGUACCACUGUCUUACAUUUUAGAAAUGGCUCUGUGCCUUGGUUCUUCACUAAUCAAAAUCAAUUUUACUCUUUAACAUGAGAAGUAAGUUUGUCAGUUAAACCAGUAUGCUAUGAUAAUUUAUUAAGUUUUAAAGAUAAUUGAGGAAACAUGAGACCUGUCAUAUCUAUGGACCUUAUAACCUAUGUGAAUUUUAACUCAUUUCUGAUGUCUUCAACUGCUCUAUCUAGUUGGCAAAUGUCAUUUUUACGUCUGUGUGCCAAGAAAAUAAAAAUAUUUUCUAAAAGUC